AUGUGGGGACGUGUGCCCUCCCAUGUGGACGCUGCCCAGACCUGUGUCCUUGGGGAACCCGUGCUCUUGAGUCACAGCUCUGUUCUCAGGACUUCUGGGGACAUGGAUUGUGCCACCAUCACUCCUCAGGUGGCCAGGCUGGAAGAAAGAGUUUUCGCAGCAGGAAUCAUUCGACAAGUAUUUAUUGAGCACUUAGGCAGACUCACCCAGAGGGAGUCCAUGGCCUUCGCUGGCCCCCAGACCACUCGCUGCACAGGGGCCAGUGAUAGUGGGGAGAGAAGCCUGGACAGAUCCUCCCUCAGGGCCCGCUUCACUCUGGACUCCUCCGGCGAAGACCUGAAGGUGAGUGGGAAACCAAGGCCCGGGGAGCAGGAUGCCCAGAGCGGGCGUGAAAUCCACGUGCUGUUCCUGAGCUGGCCUCACCCCCAGAACCCGGUCAAAAACAACACACCCGCGGGCCUAUGCAAGGUGCAGGAGCAGGGAAUCAGCUCUGCCCUCAAAACCAAAAUCGUGCUGACGAGUGGGCACGGCCCUUGCAGGCAGGCCCUGCAGAGGUCCUAUCGGGCACACUAA